UUUCCAUCAUGCUUUGACUUUCAAUGUCAAAGUUGAACAAAAUGGCGGAUCCGGCAGACUUGAAACACAUGGUCAUGAGCUUCCGGGUUUCAGAACUACAAGUUCUGCUUGGAUUUGCUGGUCGUAACAAAAGUGGCAGAAAAAAUGAACUUUUACAUAGAGCAUUACAAUUAAUAGCCAAAGGCUGCUCUACUCCAAUUCAGAUUAAGAUUAAAGAAUUGUACAGAAGACGUUUCCCUGCCAAAAAUACCUCCAGUCCACAGGCACCGCAACCAGUAAUGGUACAACAAGCAGCAUCAAUUAAAGACCCACAUUUAGGUUCAUUAUUAGGGGAUGCAUUAGAUUACAGUAGCAAACAUCUCCCAAGUUCACCAUCCAGUGCUCUGCCAAUUCAUCCUGAUGUCAGGCUUAAGCAUUUGCCUUUCUAUGAUUGUUUAGGAGAGCUUACAAAACCUACAAGUUUAGUUCCAAAGAAUGCAGGUAGAUUCCAAGAGGCAGCCUAUGUAUUCCAUCUUACACCACAGCAAGCUCAGGACGUUGCCAUGUCCAGAUAUGGGGACUUAAAGGCAUGUGGAAGAAUAGACUACCAGGUCCAGGUGCAACUAAGGUUCUGCCUUUUGGAAACCAGCUGUGAACAAGCAGAUAAUUUUCCUCCAAGCAUUUGUGUCAGGAUCAAUGGAAAGUUAGCUCCUCUUCCAAAUCCAAUUCCCACUAACAAACCAGGAGUUGAACCCAAACGUCCUAGCAGGCCAGUGAACAUAACACCACUCUGCAGGAUAUCUCCAACUGUGCCCAACCACAUCACCGUGUCAUGGGCAUCAGAGUUUGGAAGAGGCUACUGUGUGGCAGUUUAUCUAGUGAAAAAACUAACAUCAGAAAUACUACUGGAUAGAUUAAAACGUAAUGGUAUUCGGCAUCCAGACCACUCUAGGGCACUAAUCAAAGAGAAACUAUCACAUGACCCUGACAGUGAAAUAGCAACAACAAGCCUGAGAGUAUCCCUCAUUUGUCCUCUGGGUAAGAUGCGUAUGCAGAUUCCCUGCAGAGCCAGCACAUGCACUCAUUUACAGUGUUUUGAUGCCUACACCUUCUUGCAAAUGAAUGAAAAGAAGCCCACUUGGAUAUGCCCUGUAUGUGAUAAACCAACAUCAUUUGAAAAGUUGAUUAUUGAUGGGCUGUUUACUGAGAUAUUUCGACAGUGUCCAAAUGACAAUGAGAUUGUUUUCAAUGAAGACUGCUCUUGGAUCCCUGUUAGAAAACAAAAUGAUGCUCAAGUUUUGUCUAGUCCUGUCUCAAAAGCUAGAGAGCCAGCAACAAUGAAAAAAGAAUCAGUUGCUAUGGCAGAGCCAAGCACUAGCGGUACAGUGAGCACUCCAGUGAAGAAAGAAGCUCAAGUCAUUGAUCUGACAUUGGAUAGUUCCAGUGAUGAGGAUGAAGAUUGCAAAGAAGAGCAUGCUUCUCCACUGUCAGCAUCUUCAGCUGCUGCAGCCUCAGGGUGUGUGAGUCCUCCUCUGAUAAGCUUAGAUACCCCACCUAGGGUGACAACAUACACACCACCUAGUCAGCCUCAUACACCGUUACAUUCCAGCCCACACUCUCCUCUAUACAGCUCUACUCAGUACUCACCAUUAACCUCUCAGUCCUCUCAGUGUUCCUCUACCUCCUCCAUUAACACCAUUGUCCCCACCCCACCACCUGCCCAUGCUGGAAAUGCUCUAUCUGGCCUUGGCUUCAAUGGCAUCCAGGGUAACAUGGAACCUAUAUCACGAACUGAGUUUGAAGACUUUAUGGAAGUGAUGCUGGGAAGCGGUUAUCAGCAUCAACACCAGCAGUAUUAUCCACAAGGAUUUGGGUAUUAUCAAACACCACCCACUCAGAAUUACCAUUUAUCAAGGAUAAUGGAAAUGGACAGUGAUGAUUCCAUUAUUUAGCUGAGUGGAUAGUAUAAGGAUAAUGAGGAUGCUUUCAGUCAGUUCAAGUAAAUUGUCAUAUGCUCAGAUUUCUUUUUAAAUCUUGUCUAGAACCACAGCAAUAUGCUCCCCUUAGUAUAUGAUAGAGAGGGCAAACAUUGACUUAGACCCAUUGUCCUGUAAAACAGUUAAUAUUUUGGAUUUUUUUUUAACUUAAUUCUCUGUGGAAAAAGUUUUGUUUCAGUCAGUUGCUCAAAAAAAAAAAUAAAUAAAUAACCACAAAUUGGAGACUUAAAAAUGGGUUAUUAUUUUCCUUAGCUAUUGGCAAACAUUUUACCUAUGUCUUUUACCAAUUACAGGACAUUUACAUUUCUGUCUCAUCCUACUGAUUAAAUGGGUGCAAUUUUUUUCUUGUUCAUGAAUGAGGAGCAAGCUAGACAUGGUGCCUGGACAAAGAUCUGUGCUCCAAUAUUUUGCAGUGCCAUGAGCCUUCAUCUUUGACCAAAGAUAUUAGUAUUUGUAUGUCUUAUAUGUAAAAAAAUUAAUAAUAUAGUUCAAUAUUUAUCUAUAUAUCUAUCUAUAUAUAUAUAAAUAUAUUUAUUUUAUUUAUGACGUGUAAAUAUAUGUAUAAUAUCAAAAGUGAAAGUGUACAGUUGUUAAAAGAGCUGAUGUCUUAAAUUACAAAACAUGGUAGAUGCAAUGUUUAGUUAUAUAAAAUUUUGAAAUUAUGUUAAAAGUGCAAUUUCUUAAAGCUUUCUUUUAGCUUGCGUUUCCUUAUUCUAACAUAAGGUAAAACUGGUAUGAUAGAUUAACAUACACAAUUUUUUUGACAUGGAUCAUCUUUAUUGUAGAUUUAUGAAUUGUAUUUCUUUCAAUAAGUAACAUUUUAUUCAUUUAUGCAACUGCAGGCAAGUUUUUUAUGGGUAUGUCAGAUUUUGACAGAUUUUUUAAUUUGGGAAACAAGUAUGAGACAAUAUACUUAGAUGAAGUAGAUAUUGAAAAACAGAUAUCCAAAGCUCUAUUUCAACACAGAACACAUGUUAAAGUAAACACUUGGAGGUCAACUGCUUCUUAUAAUUAUCUCACCGAUUGUUAAGUUUUUAGUUUUAAACAGCUGACGUGCUUUAAAAUGGUGUUGGGGCAAUUUGUCCAACUUCUUUAUGACAGGUUGCAUAUGUACAGUAUCCACUCCAAAGUCAUUAGAUUGUCUCAAUAUUCAGCCUUUUUGAUGUCAUGUUCAGCCUUUAAUUCAUUUAAAAACAAAGAGAUCUUAUCAAUCCUUAUUAUGGGAGAAGGUUUUUAUGACUGCUUUGGAAAUUUUGUUAAGAUUUGAGCAAAUGUUUCCUUUUAUUCUUCAAAAUAUUGUUACAGUGAAGUGAAGGCAAGACUUGCCAUUUUUAAACAACACUUGUUAGUGAUAUGUUCAUAUCAGUUUAUUGUUAUGGUUACUUAAUAUGGUUAUUGUGUUUUUUAAAUGUUGUCAAAAUUCUUGAACUUAAGGUUAACAACAGGAACACUUCAUGGACUAAUUUUGUAGUUUUCUUAAAUCAGACCAUUGCCUUUCAGCCAUCCCUCCUUAUCUGUCAUUCUAUCCAUUCCCACCAUAACACAAUAUGAGAUAAAAUUGCCAGUACCCUUCUUAGUUCCUUAUUCACUUUCCUUCAUACCUUGCUUGCUUGGGUAUGCAUGUGCUCUAUCAGUCAUAAAAUGAUAAAGGAACAUAGUUAUUAGUUAUUUCAUUAUAUGGCCAUGACACAUGGAAUGAAAAAUGGUUACAUUGUUGUUUCCUUCAACACAGCCAUCACAUUUUACUCUUGUUUGACUAGGUUAAGAAAUGGCUUGAAGAAAGCAGGAGGGUUUGACAUUUUAUUGAGGAUGACUGUGUUUGAUGGAUUGCAUUUUGUACCAGUGUUUUUAUGUUAAGAAAUUCAUAUUGAAGGAUGUGUCCUCUAACCAUGUAUAUGUCAAAACCUAUUUUAGAGAAAUUAAACUUUCUUUCCUUAAAAUGGUCUUGUUCUUUCUUUUGUCUUGAAACCCAACAGGAAUAAUAUGACUGCCAGAGCACAUGCACUCAAAAUUUUUCAUCUUACUAAUACAUAAAUUUAUUGAAUAAUUUUACUUGCAAAUUUUCUUUUAGAAGUGAUGUGCAGUUUUUAAAAAAUACAAGUGCAAUUUGAUACAAUUUCACCUUAAUAAGGAGGUCAUUUGUUUUAAGUGAAAUGCCACUUAAUACAGAAAUAGCGAGAGAACCAAGGAAAUGUUUUAAACAUGUCAUUCGUCAAACACUUAAAUGUGUCAAAGAAAGGGAUUUGUAGACGCCUACACUGAAAAUAUGACCACAGUUGUUUCAAAU